AUGUUCUCGACCGUGCGCAACACCGCGCUUCGCCAAGCGCGCACCCAGCUCAGAUCAGUCCGCCCGAUUUCGCUACCCCACCAGUCCUUCGUCGCGCGGUUACUCUCCACCCUGGCCGUCCUCGAACAACGCGAGGGCAAGCUCAACCCCGGUUCAUUGGCCGCUGUGACGGCUGCGCAGAAGCUGGGCGGUCCUGUCACGGCAUUCGUUGCUGGGAGCAGCAUCAAGGGCGUUGCCGAUGCGGCGGCCAAAGUGAAGGGUCUGGACAAGAUCAUCUUUGUGGACAACGGUGCAUACGACAAGGGUCUUCCGGAGAACUAUGCCCCGCUGCUGGUGGAAAAUAUCAAGAAGGGCGGUUUCACCCAUAUCCUUGCGGGCCACUCUGCCUUCGGCAAGAACCUUCUGCCGCGUGUAGCCGCUCUGCUCGAUGUGUCGCAGGUUUCUGACAUCACGGCCAUCGAGAGCGAGGACACCUUCGUCCGCCCCAUCUAUGCUGGUAACGCCAUCCUCACCGUCCAGUCCUCGGACCCCAUCAAGAUCAUAACCGUCCGUGGCACUGCUUUCCCGGCGGGCGAGACCGAAGGUGGAAGUGCACAGCUCGAGGAAGGUGUUGACCCUAAGGCGGAUAGCCCUACUGAGUGGGUUUCGGAGGAUCUGGCCAAGUCUGACAGGCCCGACCUGGCCACGGCUAGUAAGGUCGUCUCCGGUGGACGUGGUCUGAAGUCGAAGGAGGAGUUCGACCGCCUGAUGCCUCCGCUCGCUGACGCCCUUGGCGCUGCCAUCGGUGCGUCUCGUGCCGCCGUUGACAGUGGCUUUGCGGACAACAGCCUGCAGGUCGGCCAGACGGGCAAGAACGUUGCGCCGCAGCUCUACCUGUGCGCUGGUAUUUCUGGCGCAAUCCAGCACCUGGCUGGUAUGAAGGACAGCAAGGUCAUUGCUGCCAUCAACAAGGACGCGGAUGCGCCCAUCUUCCAAGUUGCGGACGUUGGCCUAGUUGGCGAUCUCUUCGAGAAGGUCCCUGAGCUUACGGAGAAGUUGAAGGCUCAGUAG